AUGUUAUUCAAAAUGAAGGAUCAGAUCUACACGGUUAUUCGAAAAGUGGCUUUAUUGCCUUACUUGGGGGUGAUACCGAUUAAAAUAAAUCUCUCUCUCUCUGUGUAUCUAUCUCUGUCUUUUUAUAUCUAUCUAUCUAUCUAUCUAUCUAUCUAUCUAUCUAUCUAUCUAUCUAUCUAUCUAUCUAUAUGUCAUGGCUUUAAUGCCUUGCAUCGGGUGAUAUCUAUCUAUCUAUCUAUCUAUCUAUCUAUCUAUCUAUCUAUCUAUCUAUCUAUCUGUUUGUUCCUAUCUAUCUAUCUAUCUAUCUAUCUAUCUAUCUAUCUAUCUCAUGGCUUUAAUGCCUUGCAUCGGGUGAUAUCUAUCUAUCUAUCUGUCUAUCUAUCUAUCUAUCUGUUUGUUCCUAUCUAUCUAUCUAUCUAUCUAUCUAUCUAUCUAUCUAUCUAUCUAUCUCAUACAUAUCACGCAAACUCUGCGGACGAAAUAUAUUACCCGGCGGAAGAAUACUUCGUCAAUCAGCGCUAA